AUGAAAAAAAUCGAAAAAUGACAAAAAAAAUGCAUUCCGUCAGAAAGAAGUGAAUAUAAUGAAAGAUUACGAACGUGAGCUGAGUAAGCAGCUUGUACGAUAUUAUCCUGUCGCGGUCAAUCGGUCAGUCAGUCAUUCAAUCAUUUUACCAAGUCUAUCCAGGUUUUCUCUUCAUUCAUACCACGUAAUGCGUGGAAUAUAAUAGCGAAACGUUUUAUAACCGGUUCAGUGUCGUGAUAUGGAAUUUUAUUUUUGCCACUUUUCAUCGAAAGAUUAAACGAUGAUGAAACCAACAAUUAUUUAUUUAUUAUCAUUCUACCUUCGGAGUAGCUGCUGAUCAAGUGUUUACGGAUAUUCAUUGCAUUAUUGCAUUGGCAUAUUCUUUGCCUUUUGUCAAAAUUCUCCUAAUCCUCAGCCUAUCUAUCUAUUGUUAAAGAUACACAGAUAUGUCAUCCUUGGAUAUCGGUAUGGUUUCUUUUUCAUUAUUGAUACUAUUGUUGCCGCUAAACCGCUGCAUUGUGGAUACGUCGUUUGUCUUCCAUACAAAAUCGAAUCGUGAAGUCAUUAUAACUGAUGCGAUGAAACGUAUACAACAUGAUGGAUUUCCUGUUGAACAACACAAUGUACAAACCAAGGACGGUUACGUUUUAACAUUACAUCGUAUACCGUGCAGGCAAAGAAAACUUGGCGAUCAUGUUUUGCAAAAACGACCAGUAGUAUUAUUGAUGGCCGGUAUUUACGCCUCGUCGGAUGUUUGGCUAUUAAAUGGUGCAGAGGACUCUUUACCGUAUUUGCUUUCUAAUAAUGGCUACGAUGUUUGGUUGGGUAAUAAUCGCGGUAAUAUCUAUUCACGCCACAAUAUCUGGUAUAAUGAUACGCAGCCUGAAUUUUGGAAUUUUAGUUGGCAUGAAAUGAGUAUUUACGAUAUGCCAGCAAUGAUUGAUUUCAUACACGCGUGUACGGGUGAAGAACGAAUGCAUUUCAUUGGCAUAUCUCAGGGCGGUACAAUAUUUUUGGUUUUAAAUUCGAUGUUACCUCAAUAUAAUAAAUAUUUCAAAACGGCCGUUUUGUUAGCACCCGUUACCUAUGUUGGCAAUACUAAAGCACCUUUGGCAAAGCUAUUUGGCCCUUUAUUGGGUACUAGGAAUUAUGUUAGCAAAAUUCUGCAGGGUGUAGAAAUGGUAUCAACUAAUAAAUAUGUGAAAAAAUUUUUAUCGAUGACAUGCUUGAAAUCUGAACCACCGCAUGCCUGUGUUAGCCGCCUAUGGCCAGCAGUUGGUUAUAAUACGCAAAUGUUAAAUUUGACUAUCUUGCCGGACUUAAUGGCUAAUUUUCCAGUAGGUGGAUCUGUCAAACAAUUAAUGCAUUAUUUUCAAGGCUAUAUAUCGAAAAAUUUUCGUCAAUAUGAUUAUGGUCGCGAAAUAAAUUGGUUACGCUAUCAUCAAUUGGAACCGCCCGCUUAUCAUUUGGAAAAAGUUACUACGCCAGUUAUAUUAUUCUUUGCCCAAAAUGAUUACAUAAUCGCUUUAGAAGAUAUGUUUCAAUUAAUCAAACAUUUGCCUAAUGUUAAAAUGCUGUACAAAUUGCCGCCAAAAUACUGGAAUCAUUUUGAUUUUAUUUGCGGUCUACGUGUCCGCGAAUUUAUAUAUAAUAAGAUUAUCGAUGAAUUCAAUUUUUAUGAAUAUCAUCAUAGAUGA